AUGGGGUUGGGGGAGAUGUUGCAGGUUGAUGAAAUGUUGCGGGAUUUUAACAGAAUGAACAAACGCCAAUCACUAUAUCAAAUAUUAAGUUUUGCGAUGAUUGUAUCGUCCGCUCUGAUGAUCUGGAAGGGGUUAAUGGUGGUGACUGGCAGUGAAUCGCCUAUUGUGGUGGUUCUCAGUGGCAGUAUGGAGCCGGCUUUCCAUCGAGGAGAUUUGCUGUUUCUCACUAAUUAUAAGGAGGAACCAGUACGUGUAGGAGAAAUUGUUGUGUUCAAAGUAGAGGGGAGAGAUAUACCCAUUGUGCAUCGAGUCAUUAAACUGCAUGAGAAGGAAGAUGGUUCAGUGAAAUUCCUGACCAAAGGUGACAACAACAACGUCGAUGAUCGAGGUCUUUAUGCUCCUGGCCAAUUAUGGCUAACGAAAAAGGACAUUGUCGGGCGUGCUAGAGGGUUCCUUCCAUAUGUUGGAAUAAUAACGAUAUUUAUGAAUGAGUAUCCUAAAGUUAAGUGGGCAAUAUUAUCGAUCUUAGCAAUAUUUGUAUUGUUACAUCGCGAAUAAUAUCCAGCCACGGGUCAAACAAAUAGCUAUAAGCAAAAGGGUACAUUACCAGAAAUCCAAAAUAUAAAUUCGAAAAGCGUAAAUAGCCACUGCAAUCGCAAACAUAACAUCAACAGCAACAACAACAACAAUAAUACAAGAAACAGUAAUCGCAGGAGGAUAUUCAGAAUAAACAAGUAAUAUAAAUACUAAACGCGGAAGUAUGACUGGUAAAAACUAAAGUCUUACCAAAAUAAUGAAAUGCUUUAUGUGUAUCUAUUUUUCAUCGAAAACUAAAAAGUAAAAACAUUUAGAUUCAAUGCAUCCUAAUUUAAGCCAUUUCAUUUUACGUGCAACGAAAUAUUUAAAAACAAAAUGUUCGGUUUGGAUAAAUCUGGUUUGCGAACCUUGUAACAAAAACAAAGCCCGGAUAUAUAAAGCAUUUUUAACUUAUUAUCUUAAGCAAAUUAAAUAAACUGUAUAAGUAAUUAAAUAGUUUCGGGUGUAUUUGCUAUAAAUUCAUGCAAUUCAUUGGCGAAAAAGAGAUGCAAGUAGAACAUUAUAUAUUUUUUAAAGUUUUUUUUGUUGUUUGUAUUCAAAAUUUUUUAUUGAACUUGAGGCCAUUUUCAAUGCAAAUUUUUGUGAAAAAACCCGCAAUUUACAUUUUUGAGAGAAGUUAUAGCUAUAUCGGAGAUCACCACAUUUUAUCGGACUUCUCCAACUGGCCAGCAGCCUACCCACUGAGCUAAGUUCGCCAUGUUUUUUUUGUGUGUAAAACUCAGUUUAUUUUUUGCGUUUGUUAAUGACAUUGGCUCUCUUGAUUUCAUUUCAAUGGUUUCAUCACAUUUAAACUUCGCACACAAACAAACACAAUAAUAAAAUGAAAUUGGCUAGACUUCGCA